ACAACAAAGUAAUUUUGACAAAACUGCCUUCAUAUAAACCUACCUAAUAAAGUGGUUUUUCGACCAUCAAACCAAUUUUUCUUUGGAAUGGCAUCUUUUCUAAGAAACAAGACCCAAAUUAUCGCAGGGGCAACCAUAUGCAGUGUACCGAUUUUGAACUAUUGGUGGAGAAAUGGAGGCCAAGAUUUCAAUCAAAAUAUAGUGGUUUUUGCUCAUGAAAGACCACCAGAUGACCCUCCUACCCCUUAUCAAACGACCAAACCGAAAGGAUCGGGUGCUUUUUCAGGUACUAGUUACCAUGGCAGCAUAGAUGAUAUCCGUCAUGACCUGAUUGCCUCCGUUCCCCAGUUGAAACAGAGGCAGACAGACCCAAAAUAUAUUCAGCUUCCGCCCCCUAUCGAGGAGUUGACGCUGAAAAAUGUGCACAUCUUCUUUCGACACGGAGCACGGAUGCCGUUGCGACCGUCGCCAAUGAAACAGGUCACCUGGGACAAAGACAUGCUUCUCUCUGGUGUUCCAUUCACGAUGAUCAAAUACCAGCUAAAGUAUUUGGAUGGAACACCAUGUAAUGAGUUUGGGCGAGUGGAAAAGAUUUAUAGGAAACAUGUCUUCGAUGGUGGGAGCUUUGGAGGUCAGUUGACAAAUCUUGGUCAAGACCAGAUGUACCAGCUGGGAGUAGAAUGCCGAAAGAGAUAUUUGGAGGAGAGACAACUGGUGCCUGACGUUUAUAAGAGAGAAUAUGUUUAUGCACAAUCGACCAAUAUCAUGAGGACGAUAGAAUCAACGAGAUGUGUCAUAGCAGGGUUAUUUGGGGCGGAGUCAUUUGAUGAAUCUGGAGCUGUUGCUGAAAUAGUCGUCAGCAAAGACACCGAUGAGAUCUUGUAUCCCAAUUUUCGGAUGUGUGACGUGUUGGUGGAGAUUGCCAAGCGGGGACGAUCAGCACUCAGCAAGAUCAAGGGGGAGAGGAAGCUAAGAAAACAGUGCAUGGACAAAUUAGGGAUCACAGACUCGGCCCAUACAUCUCAGCUUCUUGCUUUAAUCCGAGAUGAGAUCCUCUGCCGACAAGCACAUGGACUGCCAAUUCAAGAAAACUUGCAAAAACUUGUUCCUCAGAUUCUGGACUUUGGCGAGGAAGUGUGCAUGCUGUCUACUGUAGGAGUAAAAGAAGAUCUGGAGAAAUACCUGUUACUGGCUGUCGGACCACUCUUCCACAUGAUUCUUGAGAAUAUGGAUAAAGUCUUCCAUAACAAUAACAGUCCUGCCAAGAUAAAUCUGUACGGCGUUCACGACACAACAAUCAUCCCAAUGCUGUUGGCAAUGAAAGCGUAUGACGGCGCGUGGCCUGAUUACGCCGCCAAUAUUAAAUUUGAGUUAUACGAGGACUGUCUUGGUGAUCACUGGGUCCGGAUACUUCACUGUGAUAAGGAGAUUACACUUCCAAACUGUGAGAACUCUGUGUGUCGCUACGAACAAUUCCGGGACGAAUUCUCUCAUCUGAAUAUCACAGUUAAUCAGUUUACGAGUAUAUGUUGUGGAAAAGAACAUAAGUCUUUAUUGGAUCGUUUGUUUAAGAAGACUUUUACACCUCCGGAGGACGACAUCAGAACAGUACCAGCUAGUAUGUAAGCGACAUGGACCAGCUAGUAUGUAAGCGACAUGGACCAGCUAGUAUGUAAGCGACAUGGACAUGUAUGGAUUAGGACAAAUCCUGGCAUGAGUCAUACAGGAGGGGAGGGUUGUUGGCGAAGCAUGGCCGGUUGGGUAAAUAGACCCCCCCCCAUUUACUGUCUAGCCCAGGGCAUACUUCAAAAGACACUGUAACUCACAGUUGGCCCCUAUCUCUCCGUUAAUGAGAGACCGAACACUCAUCUUUUUUCCCCAAAGACAAAGUACAUUGUACGUGGAAACCUGUAUAAGGGGUUGUGUAUGAGAAUGUUUACCAGCAAUCAGGUGGAAUGACAAAUAUGCCAGUAAAAGGUGGUUGGGAUUGAAGAGAUCAUUCUACUCUCUGGAGACUGCUCGCCCGGGAUGCUUGACACGUGUAAUUGAGAGUGACCCCUGUGAAUCUCUAAUUCAAACGUGUGAAUCGGACUGCACAGGGUAUCCUGCAAGACAAUGAGUACCCAGGUGGUGUAUAUUGGUUAUGAUCAUGUUAAGUUUGAUUAAUGUCAUUGAUGUAUUAUAAUGAUUGAUGUCCUGAAAAGAGGGCGUUUUG